UUUAAUAUAAAUAAUAAUUCACAAAAAAAAGUAACAAAAGCAAACAACCAAAAAAUCAAAAUAACUCUAAAAAAAAUGCCUAGAAGAUCAAGCUCCGGUGGUUUCGGUGGAAGAACUUCCUCUCCUCCUCCCAGAAACACUGCUACUGCUUAAAGACCCGCUCCCGUCUAACAAGCUCCUCCUCAAUAAUAAACUCAAUCUUCCGGUGGUAUGUUCUCUGGUCUUGGUGGUAUGGUCAUGCAAGGUAUGGCUUUCGGUGCUGGUUCUGAAGUUGCUCACCAAGCUAUCAGAUCCAUUACUGGUUCUGGUUCUCACAGCCAACCCUAAUAACAAUAAUAAUAAGCUCCUGAAUAAUACCAACAAAGACAACAAAUUUGCGGUGAUGAAAUGGGCAAUUUCUCAACUUGCUUGAAGAGCUAAUCUGAAAUAGCCAUGUGCCAACCUUACUUGGACGUCCUUAAGGAGUGUCAAAGAAGAAAUAAUCUCCCUCAAUGA